UCGUUAUCAAGUCGUCACUCGAGGCAGUUCGAUUGCAACCAAUUUUAAGAACCAAGAACAAAUCUUAAACCAUUCCUGCAUACGGUAUCCGUUACAACACCGCCAGCGUCAUGAUCGGUAAGCAGCGCCUUCUGAGAACGAGUGUGGCGGGUCUGCUGUUGUUCAGCUUUAGUCUGUGUUCGGUUCUAUAUCUGGAGAGCAUAGAGCGUUGGGUCCUGGAAUGGUUCAUGGUACUGCGGCCAAAUGCCCUAAUCACGAGUCUGUGGGAGUCGCCCUCGAUGGACAUCCAUGUGGAUCUUUACAUGUUCAACUGGACCAACUCGGAGCACAUCAAUAAUCACACAGUGAAGCCUCACUUCCAGGAGUUUGGACCCUACAGGUUCAAGGAAACGAUGCAGAAACUGAAUGUCGUCUGGCACAAUGAGAACUCGACGGUCUCGUAUAAGCGUCGCAGUCGCUUUGACUUCGAUGAGGCUGCCAGUGCCGGACGCCUCACGGAUCCCAUGGUGGCGCCCAAUCUGCUGAUUGUUGGCAUCUAUCAGAAAAUGUUAAACUGGAGCCCCAUGCUGCGCACACUCAUGCUGAUGACCCUCAAUCUGUAUGGCAAGGAGAAGGAGACCACCAUGGUGCGUCCUGCAGGUGAUUGGAUGUUCAAUGGCUUCGAUUCGCCGCUCCUCAAGAUGAGCAAAAUGGUGCCCAGCAACUUGAUGCCGGAUUUGGAUUUUCCCUACGAGAAAAUUGGCUAUGCUUAUCCGCGCAAUGGCAGCAUGGAGAUCUAUGGCCAUCACAAUGUACACACGGGUCGUCAGGACUUCAACAAGUUGGGUCAAAUCGCACGCUGGCGUUACAACAAUGUCACUGAGUCUAGUCCCAAAUGCCGCCUAAAAGGUAGUGCUGGGGAGCUCCAUCCCAUACCGCUGGUGAAGGGCAGAAAUAUCUCCUACUUCCUGCCCGACAUUUGCCGCGAACUGGAGGUGGAUUAUGUCGGGACCACAAUCUUCGAGGGCGUACAAGGAUAUGUCUACAAGGGCAGUGCCCGGAACAUGGCAAAUGGCACAGAUAAUCCUCAAAAUAGUUGCUACUGCCAGGGCAAUUGUCAAGAGGUGAGAUCGGGAUUGCUGAACAUUUCCUCCUGCUGGUACGGCGCUCCCGUCUUUGCCUCCUAUCCGCAUUUCUACCAGGCGGACUCGUAUUAUGUGGAUCAUGUGGAUGGCAUGAAACCAGACAAGGAUCGUCAUGAACUGGUCGUCAUUCUGGAGCCAAAAACUGGCAUGGUACUGGAGAUUAAGGCUAGGAUAAUGGCCAGUCUGCUUGUAGAGCCACGAACCUCAGGCAUCUAUCGCAAAUCGCGUCGCACAUUCUUUCCACUCAUCUGGGCUGACUAUAAUGUGCGUAUUACUCCCGAUCUUUUGACCUACGUAAAGCUAAUCCCGAUCAUGGAGAUCCUGGGCAAGGUGUGCGGCUGCCUGGGUGUGGCUCUGGGUCUGGUAUUGCUGUUGUGGUAUCCGCGACAAAUGCUCUGGCAGAAGCAUCUCAUGCAGAAGAUCGAAAUCAAUUCACUGGACACUAGCAGCCCGGAGCCAUUGAAGGGUGUGGAAGAGUCACCGCUGCUGAUCGGUCUCCAAUAUGUGCCCGCCAUCAAGGAGGGAGCGAGAGCCAGUUAACACUGGGCAGUGUGUGUCUUGUGAUGGGGAUACGAUUUUGUGGGUCUGUCUUGCCUAGUCUACAGUCUAAGUUAAUAAAUGUUAAAGGAUCUUCGAA